AUGCCCUUUGUGAUUCCUUUGAGGCAGCCGACGUGGGUACCAAUCGCCUCGCAGCGGUACCGCAACCGGCCGGUACCGGCGGCGUACUUCGUGGACGGGUACCAGAGGUCGCGUGCCUUCAUCGUGACGGAGCGGCCGGGCGCAGCUGCGUGCGACGCCCUCUGGCGCCUGGCCUGGGAGCAGGGCGUCACCACGGUCGUGCUCAUCGGAGUACUACAGGGCAUGGAGGAAUGGUUCCUGCCUGAGCUGGGUCGUGUUCGAUCAUUCCGUGACCUCAGUGUCAGAGGCCACACAGAGCGAGCCCUGGUGGGCUGCGUCGUCCGAGAAACGAUCGUGUCCAAGCUGAAGGGCCGGUCCCGCCGGUGCGGCGAGCGGCGCCUCCAGCUGUGGCAGUACACCGACUGGCCAGAGCUGGGGAUGCCCGACAGUCCCCUGCAGCUGCUGCACUUCACUCGGCGCAUCAUCGUCAGCGAACACUGCACUGGCUCACCCACGCUGGUCGUCUCGGGCUCACCAUCCUGCAGUGCAGGCCUGUUUGUGGGACUCGCCACUCUUCUCACUCAGCUCAAGCACAAACAGGAGCUGGGCGUAUUCUCCUACUGGCAGCACGCAAUAGGCCAGUGUCCGCACCUCCUGACGACGCUGGCCGAGUACGCGUUCCUGCACGACUGCCUGCUGGAGCGGGUGACGGCCGGGGAGACGCUCGUGCCCCGUGACGGGGCUCGCCGGUACCUGGAGCAGCUGCAGAGCAGCUGCGGCACCGGCUUCCCGCACUCGACCGCCGAGAAACAGUACAACAGCGCCACGGACCUGAAGGUGCGUCAUUUCACCGUGUCGUCGGGGAACCGGCCCUGCAACGAGAGCAAACGCCGCGGUAGCAGCUUUAUCCAGAUGGAGGACUCGCGCGUGCGGCUGGCGCCGACGUUCGGACUCGACGGCACCGACUACGUCAACGCCUCCUGGCUGCCAGGCACGUGA